AUGAUACGGCGCCAGUUGAUUCACUUCGAUGCUUUGCUCGAUGAGGAAAACAAGACCGUUCAGGAGGCUGAAGCAGAAACCAGAGUGGAGGACACGGUUAUGUACGAGAUGCGGAACCCUUUCUUCGAGCAACAGGUUGAAAUCAGAAGACAUGACGAUUACAUAUUGAAAUGGAUGGAGAAAACGGAGAAGACCUACAAUGCAGUCAUGACACAGGUCAUCGAAUUUAGCGAGGACUGCAGAGAAAUCGUUGCACAACUCCCAAGAGAGACAUACUGGAGCAGCACAAGAAGCAGGCCGAAGAUCACAAGGAAAUCAUAG